GGAGGAAGCGGCCGCCCCACUCCGAGACUUGGGUGCUCGGGGAUGGAGUCCCGGGAGCCGCUCAGACCGGGGCUGGCUGGCAAAGGGGCAGCGCCUACGGGCCAGGGGACCUGACGCCUCGCGCUUCCAGGACAACCCAACCCACAAAGCCGGGCACUGCCUUCUCCGGCUUGAUUUACCCCAGGUCCGAGACUCGGUCCCCAGGGGUCUGCGAACCUCGACUUUGACAGCCGUUGAUUUGGAGCUUCAGACAAAGGAAUCCCAGGAGCUAUGUUGCCAGAAGCCCUGGUGGUGUCCGCUCCCGGGAAAGUCAUCCUUCAUGGAGAGCACGCCGUGGUCCACGGCAAGGUAGCACUGGCUAUGGCUUUGGACUUGAGAACAUUCCUUAGACUUCAGCCCCAGAGCAACGGGAAAGUGAGCCUCAAUUUACCAAACCUUGGCAUCAACCUGGCCUGGGACGUGGCCAAACUUCAGCAGCUGGACAUGUGCUUCCCGGCAGAAACGGGGGACAGCUGGCCGGAGCCCAGCCCCGCGCAGGUGGAGAAGCUGAAGGAGGUGGCGGGCUCUGCCAGGACCAGUGCCGAUGCCGGCCCCGACUCCCAGCUCCUGGCCGUGCUGACCUUCCUCUACCUGUACCUGUCCAUCAGCCGGAAGCAGAGGGUCCCGCCCAGCCUGGACAUCACUGUGUGGUCAGAGCUGCCCCCUGGGGCCGGCCUGGGCUCCAGCGCCGCCUACUCCGUGUGCCUGGCCGCCGGCCUCCUGACCGCGUGUGGGGAGAUCUCCAACCCGCUGAAAGCCGGGGAGACCACGAGCAGCAGGUGGACCCCGGAGGAGCUGGAGCUGAUCAACAAGUGGGCCUUCCAGGGGGAGCGGGUGAUCCACGGGAACCCCUCUGGCGUGGACAACGCGGUCAGCACCUGGGGAGGUGCCCUCCGGUACCAGCAAGGGAAGGUGGCGUCCAUAAAGAGGGUGGCGUGGGGUCAGGGCUGGCUCCUGGCCCCCACCAGCUCCCCGCUCCGGACCUCACCGGAGACCCCCUCCGCCCCCAGGCCGCCAUCGCUGAAGGUCCUACUGACCUACACGCGCGUGCCGCGCAGCACCAAGGCCCUGGUGGCCGGUGUCAGGAGCCGGCUGCUGAAGUUCCCGGAGAUCGUGACCCCCCUCCUGAGCUCCAUAGACGCCAUCUCCCUGGAGUGCCAGCGAGUGCUGGAGGACAUGGUGGCGGAGCCCACCCCGGAGCACUACAGCCGGCUGGAGGAGCUCAUUGACAUGAACCAGCACCAUCUGAACGCCCUCGGGGUGGGCCACGCCUCCCUGGACCGGCUGUGCCAGGUGACCCAGGCCCACGGGCUGCACAGCAAGCUCACCGGCGCGGGCGGUGGAGGCUGCGGCAUCACGCUGCUCAGGCCAGACCUGGAGCAGCCCGAGGUGGAGGCCAUCAGGCGGGCGCUGAGCGACCACGGCUUCGACUGCUGGGAGACGAGCAUUGGGGGCCUGGGCGUGGCCGUGCACGUGGCCGCCUCCCUGGACGCCCCCGUGCGGCAGGGUCUGGCCGUCCUGUGAGGGCCCCCAGCUGCCCGGGUGGCCGCUGUUGGACGAGCCGCCGUCAGGGGCGGGGGACACGGAUGGAGCCCCUCGUCCCUCUGUGACCUCGGGGGGGGGGGACCCGUGUCACGGCCCCGAAACACGUGGUCUGAGU